UCCGGCGUAAAGAUUUAUUUGGAAAAGCAGUAAUUUUUAAUUUUUAAUUUUUGCAAUAUGGCGAGAAUCAGACCGACGUCGUCGGUUGUGGCGGUUGUGUGGGUGGUGCUGGCGGUGGCGGUGGGCGUGGAGAAAUGCAUGGGGUGGGAGGAGACGGUGCAAGACGUGAAGAGUAAAAUAACCCAAAUGUCGGAUGACGCAAAUAUUCCUGAAAAGGCAGAGGCCGUUAAGGAAGGCGCCGCUGGAGUUUUCCAUGACGCCAAGGACACGGCCGAGUCCUGGUCCAGCUGGGUUUACAACAAAUUUUCCGGGGGAUCGAAACCGGAGGAGGAAGCGGUGCCGAAAGAGACGGCUCACUUCUCGAUGGACGGAGGAGUGGAUGCACCGUCGGGGGCGGCGCUUGGAGGGGCGGCGAACGCUGCGGCGGACGCGGCGGGGAGAGCGAUUGAGACUGGGAAAGAGAUGGCGGCGGCGGCGGCGGACAAGGCGAGUGGCGCCAAAGACAAGGCGGCGGAUUUUGGAGCUAAGAUCAAGGAAAAGACUCAGAGUAUUGAGUUAUGAGGAGCAGGAGGACGACGUGAUUUAUUAUUUUCUUUACAACGAAAAAAUAAGAGACACGCAGAAUUCUAGUGUGUUUCUUAUGUGGGGAUGUGUUGGGAUUUUUGGAUCUUCAUUUUUCAGUUGGAAAUUGAAAAUUUUGAAUACUAAUUUAUUCAUCUUUUAAUAAAAUGACCUGGAAACUUUUUUGGA